AUGUUAGCCAGUGGUGCUAAACGCUGUCGGGUGAAUUCGAGGUCCAACACAGCAUUUUUAAAUGCGUUCUGGGCGUUUCAAAAACCUGUGAGAACUUACAAAGUUUUAGCGAUCGAAACCAGCUGUGAUGACACUUGUGUUGCCAUUUUAGAUCGUAAAAAUCCCAAUGAGGCACCUCAAGUGCUUGUACAUCUAAAAGAGACUCUUGAAAGUGGCCAAGACGGAGGGAUCAUCCCAACACGCGCUCAUUUGCACCACCAGCAAAAAAUAGGUCCAUUGGUGCAAGCAGCUCUUGCACAAACAGCUUCAAACGCCGAUAUAGACUUGGUAUGCGUCACAAGAGGUCCAGGGAUGCCUGGGUCACUCUCCGGGGGGCUUGAUUUCGCAAAAGGUUUGGCUGUGGCCUGGAAUAUCCCUCUGGUUGGCGUGCACCAUAUGCUAGGACACCUGCUAGUUCCACGCAUGCAACAUAAUGCCCUUGAACCUCGAUUCCCAUUCGUAAGCCUUCUUGUCAGCGGCGGCCAUACGCUUGUCGUGCUUUCGAAAGCUUUAAACGAGCACGAAAUUCUCUGUGACACUAUUGACAUUGCAAUCGGUGAUUCAUUGGACAAAUGUGCGCGAGAAAUCGGCAUUCGAGGCAACAUGAUUGCCAAAACAAUGGAAUCCUUCAUUAACGAAAAUCUUGAUGACGCUCAUAGUGGUGCAAUCCCAAUGACACUUCCUAAACCACUAGGAAAUCAAAAUGGACGCAUGAACGUGCAGAAAUUCUCUUUUGCUCCGUUCCUAACUGCUGUCAGGCAAAACCUGACGAAAGGCAUUCAGCUUUACACGGACCGCGAAAGGCGAUCGAUGGCAUACCAGAUUCAGGAAUGCUUGUUCGAUCAUUUAAUCACAAAAUUGAAGCUGGUCAUCAAUAUGCGACCAGAGAUCUUUCAGGAUGUCAAACAAUUAGUGUGUUCGGGCGGUGUUGGUGCCAACAAAAGGCUACAACAACGCUUACAAACCGAGCUGGCCAAUUCUUUCAAGAAAUUCCAUUAUCCGAAACCUUCCUUAUGCACUGAUAACGCAGUAAUGAUUGGAUGGGCCGGAAUAGAACUCUAUGAGACCUUGGGCUUGAAAACCGAACUAGACGUGGGGCCAAUCAAAAAAUGGCCAAUCACCGAAAUACUCCAAGUUCCCGGCUGGAGUUGCCAAUGA